UCAUGUUUUGUGACUGCAAUGCCUUUAUGGAGGCGAUGGGCGUUUCUGGACGCAGAUGGCGCUGUUGAGCAUAUAUUUUGUUUCAGUCCCGUUUCCCUCCAUGGUUUCUCCUCUCUCCGACUAACUUAGCGUUUGGCUCAGUUCAUUAUACAGUCCUAUAUUCUCCCUCCAUUAGGGCAUCUCUGCCUGUGGACUGAAGAUACCACCAAAACCCAAGAGAGAAAAGUUUUACUUUCAUAGGGCACGAUGGACAUGAAAAAGAGGAUCCACUUGGAGCUAAGAAACAGGACACCGUCUGAUGUACGAGAACUUGUCCUUGACAAUUGUCGAUCAGUGGAAGGAAAAAUCGAAGGCCUCACAGCUGAGUUUGUCAACCUGGAGUUCCUCAGUUUGAUAAAUGUUGGCUUAAUUUCAGUCUCCAACCUGCCCAAACUAGGAAAACUCAAAAAGCUGGAGUUGAGUGACAACAGAAUCAGCGGCGGCCUUGAUGUUUUAGCAGAGAAACUACCCAACCUCACACAUCUAAACCUGAGUGGCAACAAAUUGAAAGACAUCAGCACAUUGGAACCAUUGAAAAAGCUGGAUAACCUGAAGAGUUUGGACCUGUUCAACUGUGAAGUGACAAACCUGAACGACUACAGAGAGAGCGUGUUCAAGCUGCUGCCACAGCUCACCUACCUGGAUGGUUAUGACAUGGAGGACAGGGAAGCCUCCGACUCUGACGGAGAGGUGGACGGAGACGGCGUUGAUGACGACGAAGAUGAAGAGGGAGAGGAGGAGGAAGACGAGGACGGAGAAGAGGAGGACUUUGAUGAGGAAGAGGACGAGGAGGAAGAUGAAGAGGAGGUAGAAGGAGAAGAGGAUGAUGAUGAGGUCAGCGGAGAAGAUGAGGAGGAAGACUUCGGUCAGGAUGGGGAAGUGGAUGAAGAUGAUGACGAUGAUGAUGAUGAUGAAGAUGAAGCAGAAGCUGGCAAAGGCGAGAAGAGAAAGCGAGACCCAGAGGAUGAGGACGACGACGACGACGAUGAAGACGACGAUUAAAAGCAAAACUGAAAACGAGAGCCUACCGAGUUACCCUCCCUCCCCCACAAACCUGAACGUCCGCCCUCCUACAACUCGCACCGUCUUUGUAAUCCACGUCUACCCCCCCAGCUCUGAGCUCUUUUUACGGGGCAAGACUGUACCGGAUGGGUGGGCCGAGUGGAGCUGCCGCCCCUUUUUUUUCUCCCCCUCUCCCCAUUGGAACUGAGAGCCACCCAACACCCUCCACCUCACCCACCCCACGGCCCCGAGGUUCUCAGGCAGCCCAGCACUCAGCAUUCCACAAUUUCACUGUCGAUCCCUCUUUAUGUAUUCCCGUGUGAGGACUUUGGGACUGGUAUCUAGUUUUGGGUCUGUGCUUUUAAUAUUUUGUUGGAUGAAUUAUUUUUUGUUGUUGGGUUUAUUAUUUCUCAUUUUUUUUUGUCUUUUAUUAUUUUUUCUGUUCCUUAUUUUUUCCCAAUAAAAUUAUUGCUAUAGCACCUGUGCAACCAGCGAGCCAUGAUUUUUAGUUUGGCCGCCUGUUGCUCAAAUCAAGGUUGUAGCUACAUUUUUACUUUCUGUAUGACAAAAAAAAACAACUUUGUAAAUAAAAUGUUAACAUUU